UAAUCAGUGCUUUUACAACUUUAUUAAUAGAGCAAUAACACAAAUAAUAUACAAUUUUGUUUUGCCCAAUAUAUUCAAGUAAAUUUAUCAAUGUGUUUUAUAUAUUGUGCAAAAUAUAAUAACUUUAAGUGUUAAAUUACGUAAAAUAUUGAGAAAAAUAGUAUGCCUCCCCCAAGACCACGGGCUAUUGGAUGUAGCACUGGAAUUGCACCAGCAAGACCGAACACAAAUACUCCAAUGUCAGAGCGACAGCAAAUGGCACUUUUAAUUCAAAUGACAGCCUCAUCUGAUAACUCUCGAUUAACUCAAAAAAAUAAAGAAUAUAAAAAGGAUGAGGACUUCGAAGACUCUAGUGCGGUUGAAAAAGUCGAUGUUAAAGAAAAGAGUGAUGAUCUUUUAAGUGAUGCUAAAAAGGAGAUUAACUUUGAAAGUAUUUCCGCAUCUGAAUCAACAAAUAAUUUCACAAAGCGACAUUUUUCUGAUAUUGAUGAAGAUGAAAGCGAUGAAAUUGAUGAUACUAAAAAGAAAAAAAGAAAAGAUCUGGAAAAUACUAAGGACACAAAACAAAAUAAUAUUCGUAUACCAAACAGAUUGGAUAAAAAUUUUAAGCAAGCGAUUAAUUCUAAAAAUUCUACAACUUCUUCCAAUAAAAGUUUGUAUUUAUGUGAUAAGGAUGAAGUUAAAAAUAAAUUCCACGAUACGGAUUUAGAUGACGAUGAUUCAAAGAGUGAUCCACUCUGCAAUGGAGGACUAAAAGUUCCCCCUCUAAAAAUUGUGAUUCCCCAACAAAGUUGUGCUAUUGAUAAUGAUGGAAAUGGUUCACGAACCGGUAAAAUUAGUACUUCAAGAAAUGCCGCACUGCCAUAUGUUGUUAGUUCGAAUAGCGAUUCAAAUGAACGGGAUGCUUCAAUUUUAAAUACAAGUCCCCGAGAUAGUCCCAUCAAGAUUAAUCUAUCGUGUACAGUAGGAGACGAUAAAAAUUGCAAACUAAUGAAUGAAGAGAAAAAUUUGCGAGUUUUAAGGAGUGCACAUCGAAUUGGGUUAACUACUCAUGAUAGAAAUUCGAAUAAUUCUUCGCCACAAAUUCCGAGCAAUUCUCCCUCUCCAGCUUCAUCUACAACUAUCGAUUUGGUUGAAGGAAAAAUUGGCUUUUCUAAUGCAAAUAUCAGUCCCACACACCAAAGUACAUCAUUUGAAGCUGAUAAUAUAUUAAACCUCCCAAGUCCCUCUACCUCGUCUACUUCAUCAUCAAAAGAAACAAUGGGAAAUAUAGCAGAACUUCAUCCUAGGAAAAGGAAAAUUAGAGCAAAAAAUGAUGAGGUAAAAUCGUCCAAUACAGGAAAUAACGUAAACAGUGAUCCAAUAUUAUGUACUGAUUCUCAUCCUCAUGAUAUACCUUUUACAAACUGUUUUCAAAUGUAUAUGACAAUAAGAAAGCAAAUUGAAAAAAAAUGGAAAAAUGUUUUUUCUGUUAAACCGAGACCCCCACAAGGGUUUAACGAGUAUUUAAUUAACAAAAAAAAAUAUCUUUUAUAUCCUCGACAAAAUAAAAACUGUCCAGAAAUACCAAACUCAAUCUCAUUUCAAAUGAGAGAUAUAUUUUUAAUCCAACAAAAAGAAAGAUUUGAUCUUUAUCAACGUCAUACAGUUGAAAAAGAAAAGCUCUGCCUUAAUGUUGAGCAGGAAAUUAUUAGAAUUCAUUCCAAAGCAGCUAGAAGCAUGAGUUAUCAGUCCUUACCAUUUUCAGUAUGUACAUACAUUAAGGACGAAGAAGUUUAUAAUAUGCUUACACCGGAACUGGACGACAAGGAGAAAAACGCUCGAUGCAGAUUUAAUGGAAGAUUGCUGUUAAGCUGGCUUCAAGAUGUUGAUGAUAAAUGGGAAAAAAUCAAGGAAUCAAUGGUACUCCGACACCAUAACGAAGCUGAGAGUUUACAUGCUGUUCAAUUGAUGGAUUGGGAAACAGCUUUAAAAAAAUACGAACUUUGUGAUCUAAAUUCACAAAUAAUUGUAGAAACUGAUCAUGUACCAAUAGUUUACGUCAGCGAUGACUUUGAUUUAUUACCUGCUUAAAAUAUUAAAUCAAAAUAUUUAUUUUUUUGACUUUAUGAAGGAAACAAAUUAACAAUUUAUAUUUUAUGUAAUAUGCAUUUUUAAUCGGUCGUUACAAUAAACAAUUAAUAAAACAAA